CCAUGCGCGUGGCUGUCAUCGGGGCUGGUGUGAUCGGGCUCUCCUCUGCCCUCUGCAUCCACGAGCAGUUCCACAGCCUCCUGCCCCACCUGGAGCUGGAGGUCUAUGCUGACCACUUCACCCCACACACCACGAGUGAUGGAGCAGCUGGGCUGUGGCAGCCCUACCUCAGCGACCACGGCAACCUGCAGGAGACGCUCUGGAAUAAAGAGACAUUUGAUUACCUCCUUGGGCAUCUCAACUCAGCAGAAGCCAAGGAAAUGGGACUGUUCCUCAUUUCUGGCUACAACCUGUUCACGGAGCCAGUGCCAGACCCAUCCUGGAAGAACAUUGUCCUGGGAUUCAGGAACUUGACCCCAAAGGAGCUCGAACUCUUCCCUGGUUACAGCUAUGGCUGGUUCAACACUGCCCUGAUGCUGGAGGGCAGGAGGUACCUGCCCUGGCUCACCAACAGAUUAACACAGAGAGGAGUAAAGUUUUUCCACAAGAAGGUUGAAUCUUUCCAGGAGCUCUUUGCCCAGGGUGUGGAUGUGGUGGUGAACUGCUCUGGGAUCCGAGCGGGGCAACUGCAGCCUGACCCACAGCUCCAGCCUGGCCGGGGGCAGGUCAUAAAGGUCCUGGCCCCGUGGGUGAAGCAUUUCAUCAUCACUCAUGACCUGAAGUCUGGGAUCUACAACUCACCCUAUGUCAUCCCAGGGAGUGAGUUCACAGUCCUGGGAGGGAUCUACCAGCAUGGCAACUGGAGUGAGGAGAACAGUGCCCAGGACCACAAAUCCAUCUGGGAGAGCUGCUGCCGCCUGCUCCCACCUCUCCAGGGUGCGAAGAUCGUGGGCGAGUGGAGUGGGCUGAGACCAGCGCGGCCCUGGGUGCGCCUGGAGCGCGAGAACAUCCGCCAAGGGCAGCGCCAGGCACAGGUGAUACACAACUAUGGGCACGGUGGGUUUGGGAUCACCAUCCACUGGGGCUGUGCCCUGGCUGUAACCAGGCUCCUCGGGACCAUCCUGCAGGAGAAGCAGCAGGUGACCAGCCCAGCCCAGUCUCGGCUGUGA